UGUCUUAACAAGGAGAGACCUCGUUUGGAGUCACCACUCGUUGUUGUUCAAGAGAGACUUAAAGCUGCCGUGCAAUCCAAAAGGUUCUUUCUUGUUCUGGAUGACAUUUGGGAGGAAGAUAUGAGCAAAUGGGAGAAUGUGCUCUGCCCUCUGGCUAAUGGAAGUUUCGGAAGUAAGAUUUUGAUUACAACUCGAAUGGAUGAAGUUGCAUCGGCAAUUGCAAAGAUUAUUAAAAAGAAGAUGGAACCAUUGAAAAUAAAGGGCUUGGAGGAAGAUGUGUGUUUGAAGCUACUAAACACCCAUGCAUUUGCUGGUGUAGAGAACCUUGGUUCUCAUAAAAAAUUAAUAGACAUUGCUAGUUUGAUAGUUAAAAAGCUUUCCGGAUCUCCGCUGGCAGCAAAGGUCAUCGGUGGUGUUCUCAGUUCUCAAUUGACUGAAAGCUUUUGGAUGAACAUUUUAAAUAGUCCUGAUGUUCUAAACGUAGAACCAGAACCGGGUCGCAAUAACAUGUUGCCUAUUUUAAGAUUGAGUUUUACGUUGCUCCGACAACCUCUACAAAAUUGUUUUGCAUUUUGUGGCAUAUUCCCACAAGAUCAUGAGUUUGAUAAAGAUGAUUUAGUCCGAAUGUGGAUUGCACUGGGUUUCAUUCAGGAAUCUAAAAUUGAAGGAGAGACUUUGGAAGAUAUUGGAGGAAGGUAUUUUGAUGCUUUGGUCAGAAAAUCUUUCUUUGACGAGUUUCAGGAUUACAAGAGAAUAUACUAUAAGAUGCAUGAUUUAUUACAUGAAUUGGCACAGUCUAUUUCUUCAGAGGAAUGUUUCAGAUUUGUGGGAGAUGAUGUUUUGUCUCUUAAAAUUCCUAAGACUAUUCGACACGUAUUUAUUAAUACUGAAAAUCUCGGAGUGCUGAGAAUGAUAAAAAAUGUUAAAAGCCUACAUUCACUUUUUCUUACAAGUAAAAGGCAUGGCCAACAUUUUACUGAAAUACUUACUGAAAUUUUUGAAGCAUCGAGCAGGAUUCGUCUGUUGUUCAUAGACUCUACAAAUCAGAAAAAUAUGUCUGAGGCUAUUAAAAAUUUCAGACAUCUUCGAUAUUUGAAGCUUACUGUUAAUCUCACUCAGAUGCCAAGAUCUCUAAGCAGUCUUUAUCAUUUGCGGUUCUUAAUCUAUAAAACAGAGGUGUAUAAGGAUUCUUGGUCUGAUGAUUUCUUGCCUGGCGAUGUAUGUAAUCUUUCUAAUCUUCGUCACUUGGAAUUACCUGGCUAUGUGAGUGUACGUGGAAUUGGGAAAUUAAGGUUACUUCAAGAACUAAAUGAGUUUAAUGUUAAGAAUGAGAAUGGUUAUAGAAUUGGGGAGUUGAAAGAAAUGAACGAGUUGCUCAAUUUAAACAUAAAUGGUCUGGAAAAUGUGAACGAUGCUGCAGAGGCUCGCGAUGCAAAAUUAUGUGAAAAGAAAAAACUCAUUUAUUCUUGA